AGAAGAAGAAGAAGGUUUUACUGUUGCCAAUGCUCUCGCUUUCACCAACUUCUUCGUCGCCAUUUUCUGUUUCUCAACCAGACCUAAUUAUCUUAAAAUGUUCUUAGAGAGAAAAAAAAAAACAUUUUGUCCUAAUUUGUUGUUUAUUGUAAAUUGUAAAAUAUUUAUUAAAACAUUUUCGCAAGAGGAGAAAAUGUCUGCAGAAGGUUCGGGGUAAAGUAUCUGCAGAAGGUGUACACGUAUAAAUAGUCCGUGCCGCGAAAAAUCAUAACGACAACAAGUGGACCGAAAUCGCAGAGAGCAACAGAAAUUCAAAACGCAGAAGUAGAAGAAAGAAGAAUCGUGAAUCAGAUUCGAUUGAAAAAAAAAAUGUUUCCUGUUUGCAACGUUUCUCCUCUUUCUCUGCAACCGGGCAUGGUGAUUCCGAUUCCUGGAAAACCUACCGGACAGUCUUCGUUUCUCUCUGUCACGAACUCCGCGUCUUCCGGCGAGAGAAUCAGCACGCGCCCAAGUACCAUUUCGCCAUUCGAAUCUCGAAUCUCACUCGUUUUCGCUCUCGCUUCUCAAGCCAACUCUCUCACCCAGCGACUUCUAGCUGACGUCGCUGCCGAGACUGCCAAAUACUUGUUUCCGAAGAGAUUCGAAAGCCGUAAUCUCGAGGAGGCGUUGAUGAGUGUUCCGGACCUUGAGACUGUCCAGUUCAAGGUUUUGAGCAGAAGGGACCAGUAUGAGAUUCGGGAAGUUGAGCCUUACUUUGUGGCAGAGACAACAAUGCCUGGGAAGAGGGGAUUUGAUUUCAAUGGUGCUUCUCGGUCCUUUAAUGUCUUAGCUGAGUACCUUUUCGGUAAGAAUAUAAAGAAUGAGAAAAUGGAGAUGACUACACCUGUUUUCACUAGUGAGAAUCAAUCUGAUGGGGUUAAAAUGGAUAUGACAACUCCUGUGCUAACAACAAAGAUUGAAGAUCAAGACAAGUGGAGAAUGUCUUUCGUCAUGCCAUCAAAGUAUGGUGCUAACUUGCCACUGCCUAAAGAUUCCUCUGUGACAAUUAAAGAGGUGCCCAGAAAAAUAGUUGCUGUAGUUUCCUUUUCAGGUUUUGUGAAUGAUGAAGAAAUUAAGCAGCGCGAACUGAAACUACGAGAAGCUUUAAAAAGUGAUAGUCAGUUUAAGAUUAAAGAAGGAACUUCAGUAGAAGUUGCACAGUAUAAUCCACCAUUUACUCUUCCAUUUCAACGCCGUAAUGAGAUUGCAUUGGAGGUGGAAUGGAAUAAUAAGUAGGAAUAGUAUUCAUCAAUUUGAGAGAAAUUACUUAUAAAAUAGCAGGAAAUAGAAGACCUGUCAAUAGUAAGAUUCCCCAUCUUACUUUUUCUGUUAUAUAUAUGCAUACACCUUUUUCUUCUAUCUUUUUUUACUAUACUUCUCUGGUGGUGUGAGACAGCAGAAGUUGUCUAAUGAUUUGACACCUUUGCUUUUCUCCCUUUCUUUCGCUAUUGUGCUUGUAAACUUGUGUCAAACGGAGGUUUAUUCUUCAUUUGAAGCAUUAAUGUUCCUUGCUAUGUGAUGAAAACAUAAAAAAGAUAGCUCAAUCAAUCAAUCAUCCAUUCAGUGUAGAGAAAGAUUAUAUUCUGUCUGAAAUGAUCAAGAACUGUUCCGUAUUUGAUGCCAGACUGACACCUAUCUUAUCCCCAAAUGGCUCCUAAAUGCCUUUGCACACAAAAUAUUAGAUCAAUCAACGUAGGAUUAAGCAGUUCAUGAUUUUAUUGCUUCUUAAAAUAUGUGCUUUGAAUGCUGAUGUCAGACAGUAUUUGAACUAAAUCAAAGACAGGUCCUAAAACAAAUCAAACCCCACCCAAUACUUGGCUAUAUAUUUAGUAGGUGUAUGUGUAACUCAACAUUUCAAUUUUCUGUUUUAUCCUGGUUCUGUUCUGUUGAUAUUAAAACAGAGUGAAAAUAUGUAAGGUGUGCAAUGACAAACUUUGUGUCCACUUUUUAUAUAAUGAUGGAUCUGUUGGCGUUUAUCCUUCAAUAUUCUAGAUGUAGCUCUUUUCUACAGCUAAAAAAUAUCUGGAUACCAAUAGUUUAUUAUUAUGUUAAUGACUAAGAGGGAAGGAACCCACUAGGAGUUAGGCAUAGUGCUAAGCAUUCUUCGCUCCUAGUCCUAGGGGGAGUAUAAAGGUUUGUGCCCCGAAGAUGCAACUUCUGAAGAGGACUAACCUUAUUGCUCCGUACCUGAAAGGACUAGUCUUACACUUCAAGGAUGCGGGAAGGGAAUACCUGUGAAACAAAUAAAUAACUAACAGGAAAAGAGUGUGAAAAACUGCAUUAUAAGGAAUGGAAUUUUACACAAGGCAACAUGUUGGUACGCAUGACAGUUGUGUGCUAUAAUUGAGAUUUGAGACAUCUAAAUUUUGAUGGUUUUAGUAGAGUCUUUUUAGUUUGUGGAUAUUAUAUAAAGAUAAGAUUUCUAUUCCAAUGUUGUUGCCUUUAUGAUGGCGGAAUAUAAGGUUAAUGAAAACUUAAAUAGAAUGUUUGUGUAGUUUCCUGGAUUUCAUGAUCUGUUCCUUAUCUCAAGUGUCAUAUAUCAGUCUGUGAGGAUUGGAUUGGAUUGUUUAUGUAUGUAGUUAACAUAUAUCACACACAGUAGCAAUCAUUGCUGGUUUUUGUUUUUGACAAUAAUACCUGUUCUAAUAAAGAAUUGAUAAUUUGUAACUUGAGAAGCCUACCAGGUUGCCAUGGUUGUUAUGUGGUAGAUCUGACAUUUUUUAAAAUUUAUUUAAAUUCAAAUAAAGUAUAGUUUAAAAGGAACAGUUGAGGUUACAUGCCCGCUGGUUCUACUAGUUUACUUGGACUUGAACAUUUUGUCUUUUAUCCUAACCCCUUUUCCCAAGUGAGUUGCCUUGUGUCAAAAUUGAUUGCUCAUUAACCUUCCCGACCUUUUGAUUUUCUCAUCCUCUUUUUUAUGAUUUUUUAUGCCUUGUCACUUCCAACUUCCUUUGUCUUUAGUGCAUGACUCAAAAAACACUUUUUAUUCCUCCUAUGAGUUUUACUACCUUUUUAGGUAUGUGACUAUUCCUCCCAUAAGUGUCUAAUACGGUGGCUUUAACAAGAUGGUGAUUGCAAUGGGAUUUUAACAACUGCACUGCAAAUAAAGUCUACGCACAUGGUAACUUGAGUUGCCUACUAAGUCACACUAGUUGAAUUUUCACAAAAGCAAUUUAAAAUGAUAAAUUUAUUCUAUCUUUUAGAACGUGAUUCUGUGUCCUCACGUACUGAUAUCGAAUCUAAACAUUUCAAGCUGUUGCUGCAAAACAGUAGCAGAAAAUUUUAUCAAUUGUAUUGGUACAACGGUUAUUGCCAAAACAUGUCUCAUGAAAUGGCAAUCUUCAGUGAUUUGUGUUGUUUCUUAAUAAGGAAAUUUAAUUAAUAUUGUAUGGUUCUGUGAUUAAUUUC